AUGGGACUCCGAAGUGUGGUGGGCGUGUUAGCGCUCGUCGCGUGCGCCUGCGCAUCAGUGAACGACAAUGAUAUCGAAGGGGGUGAACGGGUUGUACUCUACGCCCCGGUCCUGGCUCCGCCGAGAGAUUCAAGGACUCAUAUAACGGAGCGUGCUCGUCAGUUCCCCGUCUUAGUGCUGCUAGCUCAAAGGAAUCCGCCACCGAGGUCUCUGGAACCUCAAGCGAAGUCUUUGGGAGAUUACUCGAAACCCAGCGUAGUUUAUGUUCAGAAAUUAGAAGAUCAAAAGAGAACCGGUAACUUGAAGCGAGAGAAACGUCAUUUGCAUAAGCUACUAGGUCUGGGAGGCGGGGGGAUAUCUUUCGGCGGUGGUUUCGGCUACGGAGGAGGUGGUGGCUAUGGAGGAGGUGGUGGCUACGAGGGAGGCUAUGGCGGUCGAGGAUAUGACGGAGGGUACGGCGGUCACGGCGGAUAUCAAGAACCAUCGAAAACCAUCAUUGUUAAAGUGGUUAAAGAACGCGGUCAUGGACACCACGGGGUUGGAAAUUAUGGUGGUCAAGGAGGAGGAUAUGGAGGGGGAUACGGCGGCGGAUUUGGUGGUGGCUACGGCGGUGGCUACGGCGGAGGUGGUGGUGGUGGUGGUGGCGGUGGCGGUGGUGGCGGCGGCGGCGGCGGCUAUGGAGGUGGCUACAAUGGUGGCUACAACGGCGGUGGCUACGACGGAGGUUAUAUCCAGCCGGGUCACGGUGGCUGCAACGGCGGAUGUGGUGGAAACUACGGAGGUGGAUCGAAUUCCCACGCGACUGCCACUGCCACAGCAACAGCCACGGCUCAUGCAAAUUCAUAUCAGUAUAAAAAGAAAUAG